GUCAAACAAGUUGUAUACAGUCUUAUUUGUUCUUCCAUAGUUUUCAUUGGAUUUUCAUUUCUUUAGAAUUCUCCAAUGGCUGACCAAGAGAUCGGCGUAAGGGUGACGCGUUUGAUGACGAGGAAAAGAGCUGCACAAGAGGCGAUGCAGUUGCAACAGCACAUUAACAAGAAGAAGAGAGUUGUUUUGGGCGAUAUUCAAAAUGUCAUGUCUUCAAAUGGCCCUGUUUUCGAUAAAAGUCAGGGUCUUGGUGUUGGGGGCGACGAGAAGAGGAAAAGUAAGCCAAAGAGGAAAUUGAGCAAACAGAAAACGAUUGAAGAGAAAACAAAUAGAGAGAAAGAGGAAACUGAUUCUGGCCUUAAUGAGGGCCUGGAAAAAUGUGAGGAUCCACAGAUGUGCGAAGCUUAUGCUUCUGAUAUUUAUGAGUAUCUUCAUAACAUGGAGAUGGAAGCUAGGAGAAGGCCAUUGUCCAAUUACCUGGAGAAAAUUCAAAGAGACAUGAAUGCUAACAUGAGAGGCAUUUUAGUAGAUUGGUUGGUCGAGGUCUCGGAGGAGUACAAGCUUCAAUCUGAUACCUUGUACUCAACAGUUUCCUAUAUUGAUAGAUUUUUAUCCACGAAUGCUAUUAGUAGGCAAAGGCUUCAGCUUCUUGGAGUUUCUUCGAUGCUCAUUGCCUCGAAAUAUGAGGAGAUUAGUCCUCGGCAUGUGGACGACUUCUGUUACAUCACAGACAACACAUAUAGUAAGAAAGAGAUUGUGAAGAUGGAGGCUGAUGUGCUCAAAUCCCUUAGGUUUGAGAUGGGCAAUCCCACAGUUAAGACAUUUCUCAGGAGGUUUAUCAGAAUUUCCCAAGAAGACUAUAGGGGUUCCAGCUUGAAGAUGGAAUUCUUGGCUUCCUACUUGGCAGAGUUAAGCUUGCUGGAUUACGGGUGUGUCAAAUUUGUGCCUUCCUUGGUGGCUGCAUCUGUUAUGUUCCUCACACGAUUUAUGCUCCAACCUAUGGUACAUCCUUGGAAUAUUGCUCUUCAACGUUAUUCAGGAUACAAACCCUCAGAUUUAAAAGAAUGUGCGGGCAUCCUUCAUGACUUGCAGUUGAGUAAAAGAGGAGGUGCAUUAGUUGCUGUGAGGGAUAAAUACAAGCAGCACAAGUUUAAAUGUGUGUCAAUGCUUUCUUCGCCUUUGGAAGUGCCGGAGCCAUUCUUUGAAGACAUGAAGGACAACUAAGUAGGCGUGUCCGCCUAAAGUCUUUGAAUCUUUGGAUGUGCACAUAAAAUGAGCCAAAGGUGGAUAACUGCUUGAAUUGAUGCUGAUGUUCUUGGACACAGAAAACAGAGAAAACUGUUGUAGGUCUCAAAAUCUCGUGUAUUUGAUAAAUGGAUGCAUACAUAAAAUAAACAGAAUGAUGAAUUGUAUUUCUUCUGUUGGACUUAUCUUUUGAUAAAGAAACCUAAUCGCCCUUAUCUAUAAUAAUUAUCGAAUGCGUUUAGCUUAAGUGGUAGGCUCGUAUGUUUCAUACGUUUAUUUAGAAAUAAGUGUUUUUGUAUUGACACAUGUACAAGUUUGGUUUUGACUAUUGCGCUUGAGAAUUAUCAAAACUAUUUUACCUUUCA